GAGUGACAAACUAGAAGAGGGAGGAAUGGAUGAUCUCUGCAGUUUAAGUGGCCUGGACCCUCUCUGGGACUGGAACCUCACAUGGUACACCCCCCAUCCAGACCUGACCCAGUGUUUCCAGCACACGGUGCUGGUGUGGCUCCCGUGUAUCUACCUGUGGCUGUGCGCACCGCUCUACCUUCUCUACCUGUGGUUCAGGGACCGGGGAUGCAUCUCGCUGUCCGUCCUUUGUUGCACCAAGACACUCCUUGGUUUGUGCCUGGCAUCUUUUGGCCUGCUGGAGAUUUUCUACCUACUGGUGAAGAAGAAUGAGGAGAUCCAGAAGCACACGGUGUUCCUGCUGAGCCCCAUCGUACGAAGCCUCACCAUGAUCCUGGUGGUCUCUGUGAUCCAGUUGGAGAGGAUGAAGGGAUGUCGUUCUUCCGUUCUGCUUUUUCUCUUCUGGGCUCUGACGGUGGUGUGCUCCAUCAUUCCUCUGAGGGCCAACAUCCAGCAGAUCAUUACCGAGGGCUUGUGGUCGGACGCGGUGCGCUUUGUGGCCUUCUUUGUCUACUUUUCCCUCCAGCUCGCCCAGCUCAUCCUCAGCUGCAUCUCUGACCAGAGGCCAACCUCUGUCAAACGCAGCUAUGUCAAGAAUCCAUGUCCAGUGGAGGAUGCAUCGUUCCUCUCAAGGUUUUUCUUCUGGUGGUUCAGUGGCUUAGUGUUCCAGGGCUACCGUUCCCCUUUGCAGGCUGAUGACCUGUGGUCACUGAGAGAGGAGGAUUCUUCAGACAAGAUCAUCUCAAAGCUGGAAAAAGACUGGGCUCAACAGUGUGCAAAACUGCAGCAGAAGGAGCAUAGCAUGAGCGGGGCCUCCUGGAGCUCCACAGGGACCACCAGGCUGACGGAGCAGACACAACUCCUAAGGAAACUAAGACAGGAGCAGAGCUCUGGCCUCUGUCUUCUCCGCACCUUGGCACGAACCUUUGGACCUUAUUUCCUCUGUGGCACCUUCUGCCUGAUCAUCCAUGAUGCCUUCAUGUUCACCAUACCACAGGUGCUCAGCCUGCUGCUAGGCUUCAUGCAAGAGGAGAAUGAUCUCUUGUGGAAGGGCUAUCUGUACGCCUUCCUCAUGUUCCUGAUGUCCUGCCUGCAAUCUCUCUUCAGCCACCAAUACAUGUACUCGUGUUUCACUGUGGGCAUGAGAGUCAAAACCGCUGUCAUGGGCCUGGUUUACAGGAAGUCUCUAGUCAUCAACAACACGGCGCGCCGUCAGUGUACGGUGGGACAGAUUGUCAACCUGGUGUCGGCUGAUACCCAGAAGCUCAUGGACUUUGUGGUAUACUUCAAUGCUGUGUGGUUGGCACCCAUAGAGAUUGCCCUCUGUCUCUACUUUCUCUGGCAGCGUCUUGGCCCCUCCGCCUUAGCUGGCAUUGCUACUGUCAUCCUCAUUUUUCCUCUCAAUGGCUUCAUCGCCAAAAUGAGGAGUAAACUGCAGGAGGUCCAGAUGAUGUUCAUGGAUGGACGCAUCAAGCUAAUGAAUGAGAUCCUGAAUGGCAUCAAGAUCCUUAAGUUUUAUGGCUGGGAACCAGUCUUCCUAAGCCGGAUACAGGGGCUGAGAGAGAGGGAACUCCUUGCCCUAAAAAAGUCCCAGAUCCUCUACUCAGUCUCCCUCGCCUCCUUCAACUCCUCCACCUUUCUGAUAGCAUUCACCAUGUUUGGUGUUUAUGUGCUGAUUGAUGACAAGAAUGUCCUGGAUGCCCAGAAAGUCUUUGUGUCCAUGGCACUCAUAAACAUCCUGAAGACACCACUGAGUCAGCUGCCUUUUGCCAUGAGCACAACCAUGCAGGCCAUCGUCUCCCUGAAACGUCUUGGAAAGUUCCUCUGCCAGGAUGAGCUAAAGCUAGACAACGUGGAGCGAGUCCCUUACAGUCCGGAUGGAGAUGGAGUGGUGAUAGAAGGGGGUACCUUUGCAUGGUCCAGGGAGGGGCCACCAUGCCUACGGAGGAUCAAUGUGCGCGUGAAGAAGGGCUCACUGGUAGCUGUGGUCGGCCAUGUUGGCUCAGGGAAGUCCUCUCUGCUUUCUGCCAUGCUUGGGGAGACUGAGAAGAGGAGUGGCCAUGUCGCCAUCAAGGGUUCAGUGGCCUAUGUGCCCCAGCAGGCGUGGAUCCAGAAUGCGACCGUUAAAGACAACAUUGUGUUUGGUCAGGAGAAGAUGGAGAGCUGGUACCACCGAGUGGUGGAGGCUUGUGCACUGUUGCCUGACCUGGAGAUCCUGCCUGCUGGAGACAGCACUGAGAUAGGAGAGAAGGGUUUGAAUCUUUCUGGAGGCCAAAAGCAGAGGGUCAGCCUGGCCAGGGCAGUUUUUAGGAGGGCUGAUGUCUACCUACUGGAUGACCCGCUGUCUGCUGUUGACGCCCAUGUAGGGCAGCACAUCUUUGACAGGGUCAUUGGACCUAAAGGUGUCCUCAAAGACAAGACACGUGUGCUGGUGACCCAUGGGCUGAGCUACUUGCCCCAGGCAGACCUGAUCCUGGUGCUGGCGGAGGGAGCGAUCACAGAGAUGGGCUCCUACCCCGAACUGAUGGGGAAGAAGGGAGCCUUUGCCGAGUUCAUUCACGUCUUUGCCAGCGCAGAGCGGAAAGAGGGCUCCACGCACAGGGACAAAAGCACAAGGAGGUCUGUUUCUCGUCUCAGUAUGACUGACUUCUCCAUCGAUCUUUCUCAGGAGCAACUCAUCAGUUGUGACAUGAGUAGUGCCAGUGUGCAGACCAGGGAGGCCAUCACAGACACCGAGCAGGAGCAGACUGCCGAGGAGCUGGGGAAACUCACCGAGGCUGACACGGCUCUCACAGGAAGGGUGAAGUUGGAGAUGUACAGAGAGUACUUCAAGACCAUCGGCCUUGCCUUCAUCAUACCCAUCGUCUUACUCUAUGCGUUCCAGCAGUCGGCCUCUCUGUCCUAUAAUUACUGGCUGAGCCUUUGGGCUGAUGACCCAAUUGUCAAUGGCACCCAGACAGACACUGACCUCAAACUGGGUGUGUUUGGAGCGCUGGGGUUUGCUCAAGGUGUUGCCAUGUUUGGAACGACAUUGGCCAUCUCUCUUGGAGGAAUCAUCGCCUCGCGCCACCUGCACGUGGACCUGCUCAACAAUGUCCUGCACUCACCCAUGUCCUUCUUUGAGUCUACACCCAGUGGAAACCUGUUGAACCGCUUCUCCAAGGAGAUUGAUGCCAUCGACUGCAUGAUACCCGACGGUAUCAAGAUGAUGCUGGGCUAUGUCUUCAAGCUGGUGGAAGUCUGCAUCAUCGUCCUCAUGGCCACGCCGUUUGCAGGGGUGGCACUCCUUCCUCUCACCCUUCUUUACGCCUUCAUACAGAGUUUCUACGUGGCCACAUCAUGUCAACUCCGGAGACUGGAGGCUGUAAGCCGCUCUCCCAUCUACACCCACUUCAAUGAGACAGUACAAGGGGCCAGCGUUAUCCGAGCCUUCAGUGAGCAGCCACGUUUCAUACUGCAGGCUAAUGGACGCAUCGACCACAACCAGACUGCCUAUUUCCCACGCUUUGUAGCCACCAGAUGGCUGGCGGUGAAUCUGGAGUUCUUGGGAAACCUUCUGGUGCUGGCAGCAUCCAUCCUGUCAGUGAGGGGCCGGGACUACCUCAGCCCAGGCAUCGUGGGACUGGCAGUGUCCCACUCCCUCCAGGUGACAGGAAUCUUGAGUUGGAUCGUUCGUGCUUGGACCGAUGUGGAGAACAACAUCGUGUCUGUGGAAAGAGUGAAAGAGUACGCUAGCACGCCGAAGGAGGCUCCAUGGACUGUGAGUGGCAGUUCCCUGCCUACAGAUUGGCCCACAACAGGGAUGAUAGAGAUUGAGGACUAUGGACUCCAGUAUCGUAAGGGUCUGGACUGGGCCCUAAAAGGCAUAUCCCUCAGCAUUCAGGAGAAGGAGAAGGUUGGCAUUGUUGGGAGGACAGGAGCUGGGAAGUCUUCUCUGGCUUUGGGAAUUUUCCGUAUCCUGGAGGCAAUGAAGGGGAAGAUCUUUAUCGAUGGGAUAAACAUUGCUCAGAUGGGCCUCCAUGAACUCCGCUCCAGGAUCACCAUCAUACCACAGGACCCAGUGUUGUUUUCAGGCUCCCUGAGGAUGAACUUGGACCCAUUUGACAGCUACUCUGAUGAGGAGGUGUGGAAAGCUCUGGAACUGGCCCAUCUCAAGAACUUUGUGUCAGGUCUGCCAGACAAGCUCAACCACGAGUGUUCAGAAGGAGGCGAAAACCUCAGUCUGGGUCAGCGUCAGCUGGUUUGCCUGGCCAGAGCUCUCCUGAGGAAGACCAAGAUUCUCGUUCUAGACGAGGCCACAGCAGCUGUUGAUGUGGAGACAGACAACCUGAUCCAGUCCACCAUCCGCACCCAGUUUGAGGACUGUACUGUCCUAACCAUUGCCCAUCGCCUCAACACCAUCAUGGACUACACCAGGGUCAUUGUUAUGGACAGAGGUUCCAUUACAGAAAUGGACUCACCCUCCAACCUCAUCUCCCAGCACGGUCAGUUCUAUCGAAUGUGCCGGGAGGCUGGCCUGGUUUAAGACUCAACUUCUAUGCAAGAAACUGGGUGAAUCUGGCUGAUCUCUCACAGAGCCCACCUCUGGAUUACUCAGGUGGACCGCAUGCCCUCAACAAAAAGUACUUCAAGCGUGUUAAAUACUUUGAGACAGUGCGUCCAAUUCAUGGUCUGGGCACAUGGCGCUAUUUAACUGGGACCAUGAGACUAUGGUUCGGUCUGAGACCAGGACAAAUGAGACAAACCAUGCUUUCUAAGACCAAUGUGAGAGCGGUGUACUUUUCAAGGCCUAAAACUACACCAGAGAGGAACAGAAACUUCAUCCUGUGCUUGAAAACAACGGAGUGUUUAAUCAGCGAAAGACAUUAUAAAACGAUCAAACACUUAUUUCGGAUGCCAUCUCUGUGUUAAUGGUGCUUAAAGAAGUAAGGCUUUGGGGCGGCAUACACAUUAUCAUCUUAAUUUUCGUCACUAUUGUCUUCCUCAUUUUAUGGAUGAGAAUAGAGGGGGAAAUUAUUUUGUGAGGUUUACUGUCUUUUUUUGUUUGGAGUAAGAUUAUUAUUACACACUUGUGCACACAGACAUUUUUCCCCCUUUUCUCCCCAAUUGUACUUGGUCAAUUACCCCACUCUUCCGAGCCAUCCCGGUCGCUGCUCCACCCCCUCUGCCGAUCCGGGGAGGGCUGCAGACUACCACAUGUCUCCUCCAAAUACAUGUGGCGUCACCAGCCACUUCUUUUCACCUGACGGUGAGGAGUUUCACCAGGGGGGAUGUAGUGCGUGGGAGGAUCACGCUAUUCCCCCCAGUCCCCCUCCCCCCCGAACAGGUGCCCCGACCAACCAGAGGAGGUGCUAGUGCAGCGACCAGGACACAUACCCACAUCCGGCUUCCCACCCACAUACACGGCCAAUUGUGUCUGUAGGGACCCCCGACCAAGCCGGAGGUAGCACGGGGAUUCAAACCGGUGAUCUCCAUGUUGGUAGGCAACGGAAUAGACCACUGCGCUACCCGGAUGCCCCUUGCACACAGAUGUUUUAGUCAUCAGCUCAUCUCAUUGUAAUCCAGUCUACACCUCCAGAGUUACAAGGAAAAGAUAUAAUCUGCUGUCAAAAGCUCUGGCAAAUCAUCUUAUUUUGUGUUUUAGGCUAACAAACAAUACGAUAAUCACAUGGCUAAGAUUGUAUGUAAUAAACUGCU